AUGAGUGCCUUUAUUUACAGAGGAAGCAAAGAAGCCAGAAAGGAGCAGGCUGGAAGUGGUGCCAGGUGGUCCGAUGGUCACAAUUGGCAGCAAAGGAGUGAGGUAAAGAGUCAGGCCGAUGGUCAGAAGCCGGGAGAUCCAGGAAUAGAGAGCAAGACAUCAGAAGCCAAGAAUCAGAGACAAGAACCAAAGUCAGGAUCAAAGUCAAAGGUCAAAAGUCGAGAAGUAUUACCGGGAAUCAAGAACCAGAAAUCAGAUCCAGAAACCGGGAACACGGAACAGGAACAAGGACCAGGAUCAAGAACAAGGACUAGAAACAAGGACCAGGAUCAG